AUGCCAGCGCCGGAGUCAGUGGGGGUCUUGGCUCGACACUUUCUAAAUGGGGCUGGACCUCCAAUGUGGGAGGCGAGCAAUUGGUUUGAAACCGAAUGUAUGCAGUAUUCGAGAGCCCACCGCGCGGCUCUUCUUCUGGAGUAUGAAAUCGACUAUCUGCCAGACGUUGUGCGCCAGGCAAUAUCAUGUGCAUUAAACUUGGGCUAUUCUAGACACCACCUCCCGUGUCAGCCCACAAAGCGUACUAGCUCAAUAGUAUACUAG